AUGGCGGAGAGGGUGUUGGCGGGCGAAGACGAGAGUGGCUUUACGCACCUCGCAUCUCUUGACGCUUCCAACGCCAUCAACCGCCUCCUCCACACCUACCUCUCUCGCGUCGCCGGCGCCGUCAUCCAUCUCGAACCCCCAACUCAAACAUGGCAAAGGCGUAACGACUUGCGAGUACGAGGAGGUGGAGGUGCGCUGCCCAACAUCAUUUACGACCUGAAGGUGUACGGGCUCGACGACAAGAACAUGUACGUGGUACAGGGAGGGAAGCCGAGGGAUACGGAGUGGCUAGAGUGGGUGCAAGGACGAUGUGUGGCGUGGCUAGGAAAGAGGGACGAGGAGGUGGUGAGCCACCAGCCGAGGAUCUACGCGGGGGGGGGGGCCGUUCCGCCCCCUCGUUCUUUCUGCGGGCGGUUUGAUGGGCGAGGAGACGGCAACGGAAGGGAGGAGUUGGAGGAAGUGCAGGGAGAAGGAGGUUUGGCACGGAUUGCAGUGUAG